UUUCCAACACGCUCUUUCCGCCCAAAACCCUCAAAACCUCAAAAAUCCCCCACACAGAGCAGGAGUUGGGGCACCCGCGACCAUGUGGAGGAGAGCGCGUGAGUCGGUGUGCCUGAUAUGCCGCUCGGCAACGCAACGCACGACGGCGCUCCUGGAGCCCGGGCAGCCAUGGAUGAUGGGGCAGCGCACCUUUGCGACGCGCGGAGACCGUCCCUCGCGCAUGGUCCUGUCCGACCGAGUCGCCCGCGGGUCGCGAGCUGAUGAUGCCUCGAAGAGGUCCCGCGACCGAGACCGGCCCGAGGGCCCCUGGGGAGGCGCCAACCGCACCGUCGCCAACAUCGACCCGGCCCGCCGACGAGGGCCUGCAUCGAACCGCCGCGAUAGGAAGGCCGACACGCGAGACGAGCCGGGCCAGACGCGCGACAAGGACGAGAGCCAUUUCAAGGCGCUCAAGAUGCAGCGUGCCCUCGCCACCAUCUCGUACCGCCAGCGCACCGCCGUCAAGGCCCGCAUCUCGGACGUCGAGUCCUUCGAGCAGUUCGACCUGCUGCCGUCCCUCAAGGAGGCCGUCUACAACGAGGUGCUCAAGGGCAUGGUGGAUGUCAAGCCGACCCCGGUCCAGAGGCUCGCCAUCCCCGCCCUGCUCGGGAAGCCGGUCGGGCAGAACGCGGACGCGGGCCGGCGCCCCAAGAGGGCCGAGCCCAAGAGGGAAGAGUUCCUGCUGGCCGCCGAGACCGGGUCCGGCAAGACGCUGGCGUACCUGCUGCCCAUCAUCCAGGCCCUCAAGAUAGCCGAGGCCGACGACGACGCGGUCAAGGCGUACAACGAACGGCUCGAGGCCGAGAGGGAGCGCCGCGGCGGCGCCCCCGUGUCGGAGUGGAUCGACAAGUUCGAGCCGCACCCGAACCACGCCCGCCCCCGCGCCGUCGUGCUGGUCCCGACGGCGGAGCUCGUCGACCAGGUGCUGGCCACCGCCAAGAAGAUCUCCCACGUGGCCAAGUUCAAGGUCCGGCCCGUCUCGGCCAGCUACAGCCCGGUCAAGAUCCAGCGCAACAUGUACAGCCACGGCGGCAUCGACAUGGUCGUCGCCACCCCUCACCUCCUCGCCGCCAUGGCCGAGAGCGACCCCAACAUCCUCUCGCGCGUCCACCACCUCGUCAUCGACGAGGCCGACUCCCUGCUGGACCGGUCCUUCUCGCCCGAGACGACCAAGAUCGUCGAGCGCGCCAUGCCGUCGCUCAAGCAGCUCGUCCUCUGCUCCGCCACCAUCCCGCUCCGCCUCGACAACUACCUGGCCGACCACUUCCCCGACAUCAAGCGCAUCGCGACCCCCAACCUGCACGCCAUCCCGCGGCGCGUGCAGCUGGGCGUCAUCGACGUGUCCAAGGACCCCUACCGCAACAACAAGCUCCUGGCCUGCGCCGACGCCAUCUGGACCAUCGGCAAGGACUCGUCGCUGCAGGGGGACGCCGACGAGGUCGUCGACAUCAAGCGCAUCAUGGUCUUUGUCAACGAGCGCGAGACCACCCAGCAGGUCGCCGACUACCUCGUGUCCAAGGGCAUCGACGCGGUCGCCCUGCACCGCGACACCCCCGAGCACCGCCAGAGCGAGAUGCUCGCCAGCUUCACCACCAGGGAGCCCAUGCGCGCCACCAGGGACGAGAUCGAGGCGGCCAAGCAGGCCGUCCUGGCCAGGGCCGGCCCCGCCGCCCCGCGCCGCCACCUCCCCAACACCAAGGUCAUCGUCGCCACCGACCUGGCCUCGCGCGGCAUCGACACCCUGGCCGUCCGCCACGUCGUCCUCUACGACGUGCCCCACACCACCAUCGACUUCAUCCACCGCCUCGGCAGGGCCGGGCGCAUGGGCAGGCGUGGCCGCGGCAUCGUCUUGGUGGGCAAGAACGACCGCAGAGACGUGGUCGCCGAGGUGAAGGAGAGCAUGUUCAGGGGCCAAGCGCUAAUCUGAGCUUCUAAGAUGGGAAAUGGGGAAAAGGGGGGGGGGGCUAGGCGAGUGUAUAUCCCUCCCAGUUGUACGAUGAUGAUGAUGUACUAUAUAUAUCUACAUAUACAUACAGUUAAGGGGACCAAGGCGAAGAUAAAAUAAAGAUACCAGCGCACAUUGCGUGUGUAUAUU